GCCGUCACCUUUCUCUCACCGAAUAUGUUGGUCGUCUUUUUAUUUUUUUAGUUAAGCUGUCUCAAAAACAAUUCAUAUCCAAAACCAAAACCCUUGUUCCUUAACCAAUUCAGAGCUCUGAAGAAAGAAAAUUAAAAGCUAGCAAAUCGGAUAAGAUUAGACCCCAAGAAGACUAAAGGAGAGAGAGAGAGAGAGAGAGAGAGAGAGAGAGAGAGAGAGAGAGAGAGAGAUGGUCUUCUUCUUUAGCAGAUGAUCUUUCCAAAAUUUUCUAAGAAUGGCGUAUUAGGUAAACGAUCACAGCUUAAUAACAGAUUGGUGGGAGAAAGCUGACUCAAUUUUGUGGUGUAGAUUGGAAUCUGCAAGUUUUUAAUUUUGGACUAAAAAUAGAUUUCAGUUAAAAAAGGGGAGGACGACGACACUAGAAAAAAUGGGGAAACACAAAUCUUUCAGAAGCAAAGCAGUGCACUUUGUCACCGAUCUCACCGCUGGUCUUCUUCUUAAUCCCAUCUCUGAUAAACCCCCCUCCUCUUCUUCUCCUCCUCUUCCGGGUGAGGAAGAUGAGUCUAAUAAGAGAAAUCAACUAGAGUCUAUCACUGAGGAGCAGCAGCAGCAGCCUAAGAAGGAUUUGGUAGACGAGCCAGAUACUUCUUCUUUCUCUGCAUUCCUUGGUUCAUUAUUGUCUUCGGACCCCAAAGACAAAAAGAACGAUCAGGAUCAAGACGAAGAAUCAGAAGAAGAAGAAGAAGAAUACUCUGAGGCAGAAACAAGUGAUACAUCAUCAUCUUCGGUGAAUCAUAUUGGAAAAAUGAAGGAGGCUACUAGUGGUGGUGCAAAGAAGAGCUUGUUGUCUAAGUAUAAACAGCAUUUGAAGAAUUUUUACCAGGCUGUUAAGUUUCCGGGGGGCAAGGAAAGAAAGGUAAAUUCUGAUGUGAUACCAGACGAUGAAGAGACUGAAUAUGAUGGCUUGGAGAUGAAGCCGAUGCAGAAUAAUAAUGUCAAAGAGGAAGCAAAGAUAGUGCAAGUAAUUCUACCUGAAGUUUCAGAGCCCUCUUUGCUUUUAUCGGACCAGUCAAGACGUUCCUUAUAUACUUCACUUCCUGCGCUUGUUCAAGGGAGGAAAUGGAUAUUGCUUUACAGUACAUGGAGGCAUGGUAUAUCACUGUCCACACUGUACAGGAAAAGCCUCCUCUGGCCUGGUCUCAGUUUACUGGUUGUCGGAGACAGAAAAGGUUCGGUUUUUGGUGGUCUUGUCGAGGCACCUUUGAUUCCAACUGAUAAAAAAUAUCAGGGAACCAACAGUACAUUUGUUUUCACAAAUAAGUCAGGACAACCCACAAUAUACCGUCCCACAGGCGCAAAUCGGUUCUACACUUUAUGCUCCAAGGAAUUUCUAGCUCUGGGAGGUGGUGGACGGUUUGCUCUCUAUCUAGACAGUGAGCUGCUAAGCGGAUCAAGUGCUUACUCAGAGACAUAUGGGAACUCUUGUCUCGCAAACUCUCAGGACUUUGAUGUGAAGGAAGUGGAGCUAUGGGGAUUUGUAUAUGGCUCAAAGUAUGAUGAGAUUCUAGCUCUCAGCAAAACAACGGAGCCUGGUAUCUGCAGGUGGUCAUGAUCCUGAUGAAGAUUUUGAAAGAAACAAAAAAAAAGAGAUUCAAGUGAAGAAGAUUCGCUAUUUGUAAAAAUGUGUAGUAAAAGUGAUGAUGAAUGUUGUUGUCCUUCUUACCUUGUAACUGCCUAAAAAGAUCAUCUCUCUCUUAUUAAA